AUGGCCGCCGCGACAACCGCGGGGGCCGGAGCCGCGACCCCGCAACCGCCACGGCAGUACAAGCUAGCUCCGCAGAGCGAGCUGCGUGUGGAGGUGCUCCCCGACGCGCCCCUCCGAGUGCGCCUCGUCACCGGCACGGCGGAGAUCUUCGGCACCGAGCUGCCCCCGGAGGGCUGGGUCCCCGUCCCUCCCCGAUCCAAGAUCGCUAUUUUCACCUGGCACGGCGCGACGGUGGAACUGGAUGGGGUGAGCGAGAGCGAGUACGCGUCUGACGAGACUCCAAUGGUAAUUUACAUCAACACGCACGCCAUUCUGGAUGCCCGUAGGGCAAGGGCGAGGGCUGCUGCAGCUCAGGGGGGCGAUAUGGAGGCCUCACAGGGACCUAGAGUGAUUGUUGUGGGGCCAACAGAUUCCGGAAAAAGUACUCUCUGCAAGAUGCUCCUUAGCUGGGCUGCCAAACUGGGCUGGAAGCCUACAUAUGUCGAUUUAGAUAUUGGCCAGGGGUCUAUAACAAUCCCUGGAUGUAUUUCUGCCACACCAAUUGAGAAACCUAUAGAUAUAGUUGAUGGGAUUCCCUUGGAGAUGCCACUGGUAUACUUCUAUGGCCACCCAAAUCCAAGUAUUAAUGCGGAUGUUUACAAAGUUCUUAUGAAGGAGCUAGCUAAAACAUUGGAGAAACAGUUCUCUGGCAAUGCUGAAUCUAGGGCAGCAGGAAUGGUUAUCAAUACAAUGGGGUGGGUUGAAGGCCUUGGGUACGAGUUACUUCUCAAUGCAAUUGAAACCUUCAAGGCCAAUGUAGUACUGGUACUGGGACAGGAGAAACUCUGGAAGAUGUUAAAAGAUGCAGUUCAAAGCAAGUCCAACAUUGAUGUUGUAAAACUUCAUAAAUCAGAGGGUGUUGUCCUCAGAAAUUCAAAAUAUCGGCAAAAAACGAGAAGCUUCCGAAUCAGGGAAUACUUUUAUGGGAUUGCAAAUGAUCUUGCACCGCACUCAAACAUUGUCAAUUUCAGUGAUGUCUCCGUGUACAAAAUCGGUGGUGGCCAUCAAGCUCCCCGUUCAGCAUUACCUAUCGGUGCAGAGCCUGUGGCAGAUCCUACUCGACUUGUUGCUGUCAACAUUAGCACGGAUAUGAUCCAUACAGUGCUUGCUGUUUCCUAUGCUAAGGAACCUGAUGAAAUAAUUUCUAGCAAUAUUGCCGGAUUCAUUCAUGUUACUGAUGUUGACAUCCAAAGGAAGAAGCUGACGUACAUUGCACCUUGCCCGGGGGACUUGCCAAGCAGGCUAUUGAUCGCGAGCUCACUGACAUGGUACGAAGCCUGA